UGUUUGAUCCGUGAUGAUCCCUCCCUUUAUAUUUCACACUGUCUCGUUACCUCAGAUUUCUUUUCUUCCUUUCACUGGCGACACGGCCGCCGCAAGAGACAACAACAACAGCAGCGUCAGGCACCAUUCUUGUUAGAGGUGAGAGGGGUCGGGUUUGAUGGAGAAGGAACUGGUGGAAUUGUAUGACGCCGCGAAGAAGGCGGCGGACGCGGCCCUCUCCGGCGACGCUGAGCACGAGGAGAGCCGAUGCAUCGAUGCCCUGGAACAGCUUAAGAAAUUUCCCGUUAAUUAUAAGAUUCUUGUUAACACUCAGGUAGGGAAACAUCUUAAAAUUCUCACUAAGCACCCAAGGCAGACAAUUCGGGCUUUUGCUGUUGACCUAAUUGAGAUAUGGAAAGGCAUAAUUAUCAAGGAAACAAGCAAAAAUAAAAACGGGGGUGUUGAUAGUAAAGUUGAAUCAGCUAAUGGGGAGAGAUCUAAACCUGGGAAAAUGCAGAAAAGUCCUUCGGUGAAAGUUGAAAAAGGUGAAACUGUCAAGGCUGAGAGAAAUGAUAGGAAUGGUACAUCAAAGUCAGAAAGUAUGAAAAAGGCACAAAAUGAUGUCAAGAAUGAGAAAACUGAUCGUGCUGCAAGUGUCAAGGUGGAAAAGUCAGCCAAGGAGGUAAAGCCAUUCUCUGGAACAAAGAAAUUUUCAUCCAGUUCUGCAACUCCCCCAAAGCUAACAACUAUGAUCAAAUCUAACGAUGCAACGCGAGACAAAAUAAGGGAACUUCUCCAUGAGGCUUUGUCCAAGGUCUCUGGAGAGGCUGAUGAAGAUCUUGUAGAGAUUGUCAAUGCUUCUGAUCCUAUUCGAGUUGCUGUGACAGUGGAGUCUGUAUUAUUUGAAAAAUGGGGUCCUUCAAAUGGAGCGCAGAAGGUCAAGUACAGGUCCUUAAUGUUUAAC